UUGCGUGUUGACGUCAGGCGCGUGCCCCUGUCCGGCCGCCGAGGAGACCCCGCGCACUGCUGCCAACGCCCGGGUGGAGGAGCUGAGGUGAACGUCAAAUUUGAAAUAUUUAAACUAUUUCCACAAUGCAGACAAUUAAGUGCGUUGUUGUGGGCGACGGUGCUGUUGGUAAAACAUGUCUCCUGAUAUCCUAUACAACAAACAAAUUUCCAUCUGAAUAUGUACCAACUGUUUUUGACAACUAUGCAGUCACAGUAAUGAUUGGUGGAGAGCCAUACACUCUUGGGCUUUUUGAUACUGCAGGGCAAGAGGAUUAUGACAGAUUACGACCACUGAGUUAUCCACAAACAGAUGUAUUUCUAGUCUGUUUUUCAGUGGUCUCUCCAUCCUCAUUUGAAAAUGUGAAAGAAAAGUGGGUGCCUGAGAUAACUCACCAUUGUCCAAAGACUCCUUUCUUGCUUGUUGGGACCCAAAUUGAUCUCAGAGAUGAUCCCUCUACUAUUGAGAAACUUGCCAAGAACAAACAGAAACCUAUCACUCCAGAGACUGCUGAAAAGCUGGCCCGUGAUCUGAAGGCUGUCAAGUAUGUGGAGUGUUCUGCACUCACACAGAGAGGUCUGAAGAAUGUGUUUGAUGAGGCUAUCCUAGCUGCCCUCGAGCCUCCGGAAACUCAACCCAAAAGGAAGUGCUGUAUAUUCUAAACUGUUUUCUCCUUCCCCUCUUUGCUGCUGCUUCCUGUCCCACUAUUGUAGAAAGAUCGUUUAAAAACAAAGGAAUAAAACCAUCCUGUUUGAAA